UCGCCAUAACCUCACUUUUUCGCUAUGUUUCGUGUUUACCGGGGAAUUUCAUCUUGGAGAUUUUACUGGAUUUCCCAUCACUGGCGAGGAUACUGCACCAGUAAACCUCCGGGAAAAUUCGUUGAAGAUGUGGAUAAAUCCCUGCCAGGUGCUGUGUCCCAACGGUAUAAGAUUUUCGAUGAAAAUCAAUCACCAAAGAUCUUUGAUGUGGAAGAGGAACGUGCCAGGGUUCAGGAAGAGGAGGAUUUGGAGGUGACUGGGCCAGAUCCUUACGAAGGGAUUAAUCUUGAGAGAGGUGCAAAGGGAGUGUUUGAAAUUGAGGAUCUUGUUGAGCUCCUCCGGCGAGAGAAAGGGCGGGAUGUUUUUGUGUGCAAAGUCCCUCCGGAACUGAAGUACGUCGACUAUCUCUGUGUCACAACAGCCCUGAGUGUGAGACACAUGAGAGGGCUGGCAGAAUAUGUGCGGAAGGUGUACAAGAUGAAACGCAGUCCAGGAGAUGAGAUUCCAAAGAUUGAAGGGGCCAAUUGCAGAGACUGGAUAGCCAUAGACAUGGGGAAUAUAGCACUGCAUAUUUUUUCAGCAAAUGCAAGAAAAUUGUACGAUUUGGAGUCCCUGUGGAGCGUUGGAGCAGACUACGAUCCCGAGUGCAAUAAACCUCUGGAUCCGCUCCUGGAGAUGCUGGAGCAGCAAACAAAUCUCUUUGAUGGCGUCACCAAGUGAUCUCCUUGGGGCUGAGAAAAGUACUUCCCGGAGUGUGAAAUGUCAGGGUCUGCUGUAGCUGGUAAACUUCCUUGUUUUUGGUCAAAAAUUUCUGGCCAAAAAUGCACCAUUAAAAAUCUGAAGAGAUUGUAGAGAGCGAGAGAGUUUGUUCUGGGGCGGGAUGAGUAGAAAAAAAAAGCAUUCACGAAAACACUGGAUUUACAUAAGAGCCACAUGCAAACAAGACAGGCAAAAAGCCGUGUGUUAUCGGGUCGGGCUUUUUGGCGAGGAAAAAGUUGGAAGAUAAAGUCCGCAAUUAAUCUUGUGGCCUCGUCAAAUUCGGUGUGGCAGUCGCUGUGAAAAUUUUGUGCGAACCACUUGGAAAUUUCAGCUCGUGAUUUUUCUUCCCGCAGUCACCGUGUUUCUCAAAUAAAAAUUUUAUUAAAUUCUU